CCAUGGAGAAUGCUUCCGGCUUCAACCACAACAACCGCUAGCUGAAGCUGCUCUGAAGACGACCAGGACAACGGGCUUUUAUGAAGCAAUAGUUACUUAUUGUCAAGUUUACUUGGUGCAUAUCAUCCAACUAUGCUGUCCGUGUGUGUGGAGGUGAUGCUGUAACAGACCCCAUAUCCAGCUGCUGCAGAACCCCAUCACUGAACAUGGACUCUGAUGCUGAGGUUAUCCCUAUCUGGCAGAACAAGCCUCAUGGGUCCACUCGGAGCGUCGUGAGGAUGAUCGGUUCUACUCUGGCUCUCAAGCCUCCUCAAAGGGCCUGCUUCCAGGAACUCCCCGGCCUCCCGUCCCUGAAGCCCCUUGGCCCAUCGGUUCCUACCCUGGCCGACAUCGCCUGGAUCGCUGCAGACGAGGAGGAGACUUAUGCCAGAGUGAGGAGUGACUCCCGCCCCCUAAGACACGAGUGGCGGCCCACCCCCCUGCUGGUGCUGCACAGGAACUCCUCGGUGCCCAACUUCCGGCGAGAGGGCAAGAAGGUGGAGGGUCUGAGGAAGCCAGGCGUCACGGCCAUGAACCGGACCACGGCGCUCCAGGACGAGCUCAGCCGGCUGCGCCAGCAGAUCGCCAAGAUCGUCUCCACCGACGGGGGCUCCAACCCGCUGACCCCUGACCUGCUGUCCCCUGAUGACACCAGCAUGAGCUUCUCGAUGGCGCCCUUCGAGGCAUCCUACCCGCCGCCGGCCGCCACGGCCGCCGCCUCCUUCGUCAUCAGCGACGUCACUGAGGAGGAGGAAGAGGAGGACGAGGACGACGAAGACGCGGUCUCCGUGGUGUCGGAGCUGGUCCCUGACCCCCGGCUGCCCGCCUCCAUGACGUGCUCGGCGACCUUUGACCUGGACCGACCCAGCAUGGAGUUCCGGGAAGCGGAGGAGGACACGGUGUCGCUGUCCAAGUCCACCAGCUUCGCAGACGUCAUGGACAUUCUGAAGGACAUGAACCGCAUGAAGAUGAGCAAGGACCGGUUCAACAGAGGCUGCUCCUCUCUGAGGGAGGAGGACUCAGCCACCCGGAUCUCUGAGGCCCUUCGGAAAAAGUUUACAUUGAAGGACGAGGACAUCGCUGGCGCGCCGCGGAAGUAGCAGCCCCCCCAGUGCCCUGUCCCCCCGUCCGCCUCCUGCUGCCUUUGCCUAUGGACUUUUAAGCCUUUGGAUUUCAGCCUAAAGCUCUUUUGAGCCAAGAAGCCUGCAUCCAUUUCAUAUGAAAACCUACCGGACCCUCACCAAACCAAACCUUUAGGAGAGCUUUAGCCUCAGCUUUCCUUCAGUCCUCCGUGCAGUUGUGUGUUCGUACCUUCAGUCCUCCCUGAAGCGGGCUCGCGGACCCGUUGUAUCUUCAUCCCUUCAGUCCUCCCCCGCAGUUCUUGUUUCAGGAGGGGAGGCUGGAGUACAUUUCGAGAGACUCUUGUUAACGUAGGAAGUCUUGUAACUGACCUGGAAAAUGUUUGAUGCAAAACUGGGAGAUAUAGUUGCUGUACUUCUCAAUUACGACCAUGUGUAUGUGUGUGGAAAGACAGUUUGGUCGUGAAUUCAUUCCCCGUUGCUCAUCUUCACUCCAGAACGCGUGUUAAAUUGCCUUCUCUUGGAUUGGGAUAUUUCUCUCUUGCAUCCAUUGGCAGAAAGAUUCAGUGACUUACAGCUAUAAUCGACAUAGAACAAAUGUGAAUCAUAGUUUGGAGAAUAUUGUACUUCUUUUUUUGGGGGAUGGGUAGAAUUCAUUGAUAUUAUCAUGCUAUUGUUCUAGGACCGUACCAGUUACACUCAAAUAGGCUUUUUGAAUUUGAAUGGAACUACUAGUAUAUGCAGAGUUUCUUAUUGUUGUCUCGACCCACCGUUGCAAUGCGACGGCAUGGAGGCUUGAGGCUCGAUACGAUGGCCUUGGUGGAGGACAAACGCCGCCCCUGCAUGCUGUGACCUGUGUGUGAUGUGUUGAUGCAGACCUAUGCUUUGUGUUGGGCGCACUGUCCCUGUUGAUGCCCCCUUCUCCUGAUGCCCCAGGGGGUUCAUGCAUGUACAUGCAUGAAUCGAAAGGCACACGUCUGUCCUCAUUUACCAUCACCCUUCUCCACAUUUCUGAAUCCUUUUGUUUUUAUUAUCUAUGCUUGGGACAGAAAGAGGUUCCAAACAGUAGUUUUCUCCCUAGGUCUGGUUAGUCUGUGUGUGGGUUAGUGAUGCUUAUGAUGUUGCAUUCACAUGUGUGCUGCCACGGUUUAAUUGUUGGAAAACUAGGAACAAUAUCAAGAAAUGCACAUUUACAGUUAUUGCUAAUAAAUGAUUUAGCAUUCAAUUUGUAUAUUUUGCUUUCUUUUUAGCCAGAUUCAUGUUAAUUUGUUUUUAUCCUGUGUUUUGCCAUGUUAGAGAAACGUUUUGUUUGGUUUUGAAUUGUAAAUAAAGGUGGGCUGAUAUUUUCAGCAUCUGGCAUUAUUUUGCAUUGUUUUGUAUUUCAAUGCGGCAAUGUCAUAACCUCACCACAGGGGGGAGUCUCCGAACUGAUUAACUUGAUAACUCGUUCACUGAUAAUAUACAGGUGCAUCUCAAUAAAUUAGAAUAUUGUUGAAUUCAAUUUCAAUAAUUCAAUUUAAAAAGGGUAACUCAUUAUUGAUUCAUUAUACCCAAAGUGAAAUAUUCAAGCCAUUAUUUGUAUUAAUCUUGAGGUUAUUGCUUACAGCUCAUGAAAACCCAAAAAUCAGUAUCUCAGAAUAUUAGAAUAUUUUGAAAAAGUUAAAUAUUGUAGGCUCAAAGUGUUACACUCCAGUCAGCAUAUACUUCAAAAUACCUGCAAAGGUUUUCCUAGCCUUUAAGUGCUCUCUGUCUGGUUCACCAGGCUUCAAAAUCAGGAGGAAGACUGCUGACUUGACACGUAUGCAGAAGAUAGUCAUUGACACCCUCAACAAGGAGGCUGAGCCUCAAAAGGUCAUUGCUAAAGAAGCUGGCUUUUAAAAGAGUAUCUAAACAUAUCCGUAGAAAGUUGAGUGGAAGGAGAAAGUGGUAGAAAAAGGUGCGCAAAGC